CGCCCCCGGCCCGCGCCCCGGGGGAGGCCGGCAGCUGUCGGCGGGUGGGAGGCGUCUGCAGCUGGAAAACAGCAGCUCCGGUUGCUGAUCAGAUUUGGGGGUGGGGUGGGAGGUGUGUGUGGGAAAAGCCAAGCGAUGGAUCUUCCCUUCUUUUGACAACACUCUCCCCUUCAGGACUAAGUCUGCACUGGAGGAAAUUAACUGCGAGGGAGAAGCGCUAAUCACACCUCCGAGUGGGAGCUAACUCCCGGGAGCAGCGUGUGCUGCCAGCCCCAGGACAUUCCCUGCCUCCAACCUGAAGUGAUUCCUCCUGGAACGGUUCAGUCGCGCCCGCAGUUCACCUUUGCCUGCAGUUAACCAGCGUGCAAUUUGGGUUUAAUGGAGCUGGGUUUAUUGUUCCUCUUUGGACUUACGAUUACGUCGACUGCAGGGUCCGCGCUGCCCCGGCCCCGCUCCGCGCUGCCGGCGGCCGGCCCGGGACACCGCGAGCGCGACGAGAGCGGAGCGGCGGCGGCCGCGGGCGGCAGGGCCAGGGCGGACGGCGGAGCGCUGCGGCACCGGGCCCGGCGCUGCACUUGCUACACCUACAAGGACAAGGAGUGCGUGUACUACUGCCACCUCGACAUCAUCUGGAUCAACACCCCCGAGAGGACUGUGCCAUAUGGACUGUCUAACUACAGAGGCAGCUUUAGAGGCAAAAGGUCUACAGGCCAGGCUCAAAGCACUUCCCAGUCCUCAUUCCGAUGUUCGUGUUGGGAUGCUCGUGACCAGCAGUGUUUGCAGUUUUGCAGAAGAAUGCAGGACAGAAGAAGCUUUAACAUUUAUUUGCUGGAGCUCAGAAACAAGAACUUAAGCUACAACUUUCCCUUGAGAUGGACAAACUUGAUGCUUCAGUGUGAUGCCAGUGGAGAAUUCAGCAGUAGGCAACACUUCCACUUCAGCAGUGCCACUCUGAGGGCAUGGGAACCUGUAUGA